UUGGACUCGGAUGUGCAGCUGCAUGAGGCGACGGCGACGCUCCAGCCACCGGCGGAUGAAGCUGUGACCCGGUGGGCGAACGUGUGUGACUGACGGCGGGGCCUCUCCUGACACCGAGCGCGGAAGAUGGGUAUAAUUGGGGUCCAGCUUGUUGUGAGCCUUCUGAUGGCAUCUCUCAUGCAGAAAUUGGUGCCUCAUUAUUCCAUUGGCCGCUGGCUGCUCUGCAACGGCAGUCUCCUCCGAUUCAGACAUCCAUCAGAUGAAGAACUUCGAACCCUAGCAGGGAAGCAGAAGCCCAAACAGAGAAGAGACAGGAGACAGAAUGGCGUCACUGAAAGCAAACCAGAAACAGUCCCCAAAGAUAUCAAGCUGUCCUUGGAGUCCACACCCAUCAAGCCCCUUGAUGCCUUGGUCCUGCGCUACUACCUGGACUACCAGUGGCUGGUGGACUUUGUCAUGUAUGCGACCCUGGUUUACAUGUUUACAGAGGUCUACUACAGUCUGCUCAGCAUUCAGAGUGAAGUCAACGUAGGUGUGCUGUGGUGCCUGCUCACAUUGGUCUUUGGGAUUAAGGUGCUCGUCUCUAUGAUGACUCAUUACUUCAAGACUGAGGAAGGAGCAGAGCGCUCUGUCUGCCUGAUCUUCGCCUUUCUCUUCCUAAUCAUCGCCAUGUUGGUGCUGGUGGUGCGAGAGGAAUAUCUGGAGUUUGGACUCGAACCAGGGUUUGCCAACUUGUAUGAAAACCUGCAGGUCUUUUUCAGACAGCUAGGACUGGUUAACAUCUGGCCAUACUCGGUGGCCAGACUGAUCUUUAAGCUCUCACUGGUUGGGCUUUCCUCAUUCAUUGGAGCAUGUCUAACAUUCCCAGGCCUCCGCCUGGCUCAGACUCACUUGGAUGCUCUGAAGAUGACAGCAGACAAACCUCUGACACAGUUUCUGCUGUACGCCAACUUCCUGUCACCUGUCAUCAUAUUGUUGCUCUGGGUGAAGCCCAUCAGCAGAGACUUUGUGAUCAACGCCCCCUUCGGGAGUGAGAAGGUUGAGCUGAUGUCCGACUCGACAUACAACACGGCGCGCCUGUGGGUGGUGCUGGGACUCUGCGCGCUGCGUCUGCUGAUGACGCGAUACCACCUACAGGCCUACCUCAACCUGGCCGAGACGUGGGUGGAGCAGAUGGGGAAGGAGGCUGGAUCCAUCACCAUGAUCGAGAUUCAGCGCAAGGUUUCACGAGUGUUUUGCUACCUGUGCGUGGUCACCGUGCAGUAUCUGGGCCCAGUAAUCCUCAUCUUCCACUCCACUCUGCUGCUUAAAGUCCUGGGAGACUAUUCCUGGGGUCUGUUCCCGGAGCCACCCAUGGCUUUGCCGGCGGUCGACGUCAGCCCUCGUUCCUUGGAAGAUGCCCCCGAAGAGGAGGGCGACUAUCGAAUAGCUGCCUCACAGAUCAUGGCGGCACUGGGUGCCCUGCGCAAUGUGUUCACCCCCCUUUUUUACCGGGGCCUCUUCUCCUUCCUGACCUGGUGGCUGGCGGCUUGUCAGGUGGUGACCAAUCUCUUCGGCCUGUACUUCCAUCAGUACCUGAUGGCCUCAUAGGAAGGUGGAGGGAUGGCGCAGGACCACGUCUGCUCUCAAGUGCCUUCCCUCCAUCUCCUCGCACCGAGCUCGCAACAAAGCUCUUCACUCUGUGAUCCCUGCCUGUAUCCCCUGCAUCUCUCCCCCCCCCCCCCAACGUGCUGAUUCCCACAGCGGGACUUCUCCACAGUGCUGGCUGACCUCUCCACCAGCCCCAGCUACAUGUGGAAGACCUGCGACUGUUGUCCCUGCCUGAUGCCCCGGCACGUCCUGUGAACACUCGAGUCUCCAGGUGAAAGGACAGCGGCUCCAAGGCGGCAGAACUCCCGUCUGUCAAACUCCUCCGGCGGCUUCCAUCUCCCCGUCAGGACAAGCCGGGGAUGAUGGCUGGACGAUCAGCGCUGGGUGCUCCUGCCGCCCUCUGCCUCUAUCCCGUGUCCAUGGGGGGUUGAGUGGGGGUCAGUGGCUCGAGAUGCUUCCAUUCAAAGUACGUCAUCCACUUCUCAACCUCGCCUGCUCUCGCACUGGAACUUGGGCAUUGUCCUAAACCACGGGGGCAUGAAGAGUCAAAAUGUAUUCCGGCAGCCUUCUUGUACAUGGAGGGACGUGUCCCGGGGUGGGAGGGGGGAGGGUGUGUGUGAAAGAUAUCCCGGGGAGAGGAGGUACCAGAGGGGGAGGAAGGAAGGGAAUGAGCACCU